UAUGCUAUGGCAACAACCCUCCAGUCCGGGAGGAGGCCUAUAUCCUACAGUGAAUUGUCAUAAACUGUGUGUUUUAUUUUAUUGUUUUAUGUGUAAUGUCUAGCAUUGAACGAUUACGGUUGAUGAUCCUAUUUUAUUCAGUCAUAAAAAAUAACACAUUGUGUUAUUAUAUAUUAUAGCACUGCAGUUUUAACUAUCUUCCAUCAUUCAAGUUUAAAAUAUAUAUGUUUGUUGUUAGCAGGUCUGACUCUGAAGUAUACGACUUCAACAACGGCGGCAGCGUGGUCGACCUCUCGGAGAGCCAGUGGCGACAGCGGCGCGCAGCCCCGACCCUGAGCCCCGCGCUCACGCUCGACAGCGAGGACGAGGACACAGUACAACUCUCAAAACCGAAGGAAUCGCGUAAGCGAAAAUCUGCUCCGCCGGCGUCGACCCAAACGAAGAAAAAGUCUGCGUCGACGUCCCGUGGAAGCAGCCAGCCUGCGGCCACCCUGACUCCGAGCGCUCGCAAGCUCCAGUUUGCGGACCUUUUCAACGCGUCCGACGACGUCGCUACUGUGACGGAACGGAGGACAGCUGCGCUCCAGUCGGUGCUGUGGCGGCGCGUCGCGGGAGGCCUAAUAAAGAGGGCUGAAGAACUGGCCGGCAACCUGUUUGUGGAGGUACGGGUGUACAACCGGGACGAAAUCGCACACCUCGACGCCCGCGACCGCUACUGGAAAGCGCUCGUCAACUUGCGCUAUCAGGUUGACGAGUCCGAGCCAGAGCUGCAGGCUCUUUUUAAAUUUUUAAAAUCAGCCAAGGCAAAAUUUACCCACGAGGGUACAUUUUUCCUUGAGACAACUAAAAUACUAAUAAUAGUUUUUUUUUGUCGUAGGUAGGUAGGUAAUUUUCUUUGGUUUUGUUUAUUACCACAAUCAUGUCUAGUAAAAACAUUUACUGUGAGGUUUGUGACAAGACAAUCAAUAGUAAGGGCUUCUCCGCACAUCUUAAGUCAAUUUUACAUAAAAAUAAUUGCGUUGUUCAAGUCAGUGAUAAUAUUUUAAAAAUUAACAGUGCAUUUAGGAAUCGUGUAGCUUCAUAUCGAGUAGUUUCCAACAACCAGCUGGCGGAGGGGUCGGGUGACGAGGCUGCGCUGACGCACGCUUUGCCACGGGACUAUAUCUUAAGUCUGCGUAAUUACGUAAAACAAGUAAUCGAUGCUAAAUUGGCUACUUUUAAUUCAUUAAAAGUAAAUUUUGAGUUUUUUGCUCGAUUUUAUUUGCCUAAAGACGAAACGACCGAAAUUAAAUCAUUUACGACGGAAAAUUAUGUGUUUUUUCAAAAUACAGAUUUUAAUGAAAUAUUCUCUAAAGUUGUCGACAAAUUACUAAAUAAAAUAAGCGAGUUUCAAGAGCGGGAUAGCGGUUGGUCAUUUUUGAGUAAUAAAUAUUUGGAAGUCAACAUUAAUAAAUAUAACCCUCUUCGUGCUUCUAAUUAUAUAGAAUUGCCAACAUUUAUUAAAAAUAAACGUGCUUGUAUUAAUAUUAGAAAUAAUGAUAAUUUUUGCUUUCUUUGGAGUAUUAUGGCGGCAUUAUUCCCCAAAAAGAAGAAUGCUGAUAGAGUAUCUUCCUAUCCCAAUUUUAAUGACAUUCUCAACACAGCAAAUAUGACGUUUCCUGUGUCUUUAAGGGACAUUAGAACUUUCGAAAAUAACAAUGAAAAUUUUAGUGUAAAUGUUUAUGGCAUUAAAAGUGGAAAGUAUAUUGUUGGGCCUUUGUACAAGACUAAACAGAAAAAAAGUAAUCACAUCAAUUUGUUAUAUUUCGAGAACGGCACUAAAACCCAUUAUUGUUUAAUAAAAGACUUAGCUCGGUUGCUAUCCGUACAAAUUACAAAACACCAUGGAAAACUAUUUUUUUGCGAUGAAUGCUUAUUAUUUUUUAAUAACAAAGAAACAUUAGAAUCUCAUCUUUGCGAUGGCGUAGCCACUCGACUACCUAAACCUGGUACGUUAAUGCAAUUUAAUCAUUUUGAAAGAAUGCAAUAUUUACCGUUUACUAUUUACGCCGAUUUCGAAUCGUUUUAAGAACCUUGUGAACAAAGCGAGGAGCACAAUUUAACUGUCACAACUCAGAAACAUGUUCCUGCAGCUUUUGGGUACUACAUUGUCUGUUCUUAUGACUCUAAUCUUAACAGAUACAGAACUUAUCGCGGACCUCAUAGUGAUCAAGUGUUUGUUGAUUAUUUGCAGAAGGAUGUAUUAAGAAUUAAAUCAAUAUUGAAAAAAGAAGUUCCUAUGGUUUUUACUGACAAAGAUUUAGAUUCAUUUAAUAAAGCGAAGCAUUGUCAUAUUUGUUCUGGAAUACUGUUAGAUGACCGUGUACGUGAUCAUUGCCACUUGACGGGAAUAUUUCGCGGCGCAGCACAUUCAUACUGUAAUCUUCGAUUCGCUUUACCUAAAUUUGUUCCAGUUUUUUUUCAUAAUUUAUCAGGAUAUGAUUCUCAUUUAUUUAUUAAACAGUUAGGUGAAACAAACGGGUCAAUAAAAGUGGUCGCGAAAAAUAAAGAAAAGUAUAUUUCUUUUACAAAAUGUUUUAAAAACAAUGAUGAUUUUAUAGCGGUUCGUUUUGUUGACUCAUUUAAUUUUUUAUCUACUAGUUUGGACAAAUUAGUAAACAACCUUAACAAAGACGACUUUAUUCACCUAAAGACAAAGUUUAGAAGUACAGCACAUUUCGAAUUAAUGCGACGCAAGGGUGUUUAUCCUUACGAACACGUUAAGGGUUGGGAGUCAUAUACUGAGACUAGUUUACCGGAGCGAAAAUGUUUUUAUAGCAGCUUGACCCGAGAACAUAUUACUGAGAGUGAUUAUCAGCAUGCUAUAAACGUUUGGCAAACCUUUAACUUGACCAACCUCGGUGAAUACACGGAUAUUUAUCUCAAGUCUGAUGUUCUUCUGCUUGCGGAUAUUUUCGAAAGUUUUCGUAAAGCGUGUAUGGAGAACUAUAGGUUAGACCCAGCAUUUUACCUUACUGCACCUAGUUUAAGUUUCGAUGCUAUGCUACUCAAGACAAAAAUCAAGCUCGAGCUUAUUCAUGACUUAGAGAUAUAUCGAAUGAUACAAACUGGUAUCCGUGGUGGAGUUUGCUUGUGUUCUAACAGAUACGCUAAAGCUAAUAAUAAAUAUUUAGCUGACUACAACCCAAACAUUCCAAGCAAUUUUCUUUUAUACAUUGAUUGUAAUAAUCUAUACGGAUACGCUAUGUGUAAUUAUUUACCUUGUUCUGAUUUUAAGUUUAUGCAAGAACUCGAAAUACUUCAGUUAGACAUUCUUAAAAUCCCCCAUAAUUCUGAUGUUGGCUACAUAUUGGAAGUUGAUUUAGAAUAUCCUGUAAACUUACAUAAUAUACAUAACGAUUUACCCUUUUGCCCACAAAACUUUAUUCCACCCGGGUCAAAAACAAAAAAAUUAAUACCCAACUUGUAUGACAAAUUUCGAUACGUUAUACAUUAUAUUCAUUUGCAAACAUGUAUUUCACAAGGACUAAUUUUGAAAAAAAUCCAUAGAGUAAUUCAAUUUAAACAAAGCCCAUUCCUUAAACAAUAUAUCGACUUAAAUACCAAUUUACGACAAACAGCAAAAUCACAGUUCGAACAAGAUUUUUUUAAGUUGUUAAACA